AUGGACUCCCCGAAUACGCACAUGUCGUCCAACGGCGCGCCGCUGAAGCGCUCCGCACUAGAGGCUGGCUUCGACUCGCCGCGCAAAGACGAGGACGGGGAUGAGGGAAAGGGGUCGGCCUCGGUGCCCAAGAUUUCCAAAGCUCGUGCCUGCGCCGAGUGCAAACGGCACAAGAUCAAGUGCGAGGUCAGACCGGGCGAGUCGAGCUGCACGAAAUGCCAACGCAGUGGGAUCAAAUGCGUGGUCAAUGACUUUUCGCAAAAGUUUGUUGACGAUGACCUCGCAUGGAAAUCGCAAGCCACCGCUACGAUACAGCAAUUGCAGGCCGCCGUCUCUCACCUACUUCGCCAAAGUGGCCUUUCUGAUUUGUCCAGCUUCUCAGAAGGCAGCGUCGGUCGAAGCCCUUCAGUUUCACAUACCCACCGGCCGUCGAUCGACCAGCGCUUGAGUGUGCCCGUUACAAGCGCUGGAACAAACACCGGUACAGGCACAGCAAUGGGUGGACAGACCAUGACACGGGACAAUUCACAAGACCCAAAUAUGGAGAACCCGGAGCUGGUAUCGGCGCCCAUGCGGAGCUUGUACGAAGUCACGAAGCUGCGAAACUUUGGCAACAACCACAUCGAGAAGCCCAAGUCGACUCUGCUCGAGGAAGACUUUAUCUCCCGUGGAUAUGUUUCCAUUCACGAAGCAGAAGAGCUGUUUGCAUACUACAGCCGGACAAUGAACCAGCUUUUGUGGGGAGGCAUCGUCGUUCCUCACGGCGACCUAACCUCGGUGCGACGGGCGUCAACGCUCCUCCUAACAGCGGUCCUGACGGUGGCGGCGCUGCAUAUUCCCAACCGGACGGACACGCUCAAUACAUGUUACAAUGAAUACGUCUCGCUGGUGUCCAACAUGGCACUCACGCGGUCUCACACGCUGGAUGACAUCCGGGGCCUUUGCGCCGGCGCCUUUUGGCUCUCGGACCUGAGCUGGAAACUGUCGGGCCACGCUGUGCGCAUCGCCACAGAGAUGGGCCUGCACCAGAGCUUCCACAAGCUGACGCGUGGACACGGCAGUCAGUACGAGUACCAGCGGGCUCAGCUGUGGUAUCUGCUGUAUGUGUGUGAUCACCACUUUAGCAUUGCCUACGGACGGCCGCCAGUCAUCCACGACGACCCAGCCAUCAAAAACUACGAGGUGUUUUUACAGUCGCGACACGUUGUGUCCGGAGACAUCCGACUGAUGGCGCAGGUGGCCCUAUUCUCGAUCCUGACCGAGGCAUACCGCACGUUUGGCUCUGAUGUCGAGCAGGCCCUGACGGAGGAAGAUUUUGGCCAGCUGCGCGUGUACAAUGUGGCUGUUGAUCAAUGGCGUCUUCUCUGGCAGCCACGAUCAGCCGACAGCCCAUAUGUCCGUACAUACCCGUCCAAAGGCGUCGUGCUGCAUUAUCACUUUGCCAAGUUCCAGCUCAACUCGCUCGCCCUGCGUGCACUGUCGCCGACAAACACGCCAGUCUUCUCGCUAGACCGCAAAGAAUGCGCCAACACGGCCAUAUCAGCAGCGAUGGCGUGUCUGAACAUGGUUCUAGAAGAGCAAGACGUACGCGACGCGAUCGUCGGCGUACCCAUCUUCACACACACAAUGGUGACGUUCUCGGCAGUGUUUUUGCUCAAAGUCGCGGUGAAUUGGAACUCGGCAUAUCUCAACAUCGACGGGCGUCAGGUGCGCCACACUGUACAGCGCGUGAUUGAGCUGAUGACCUGCGUGAGCGCCGGCGACCGCCAUUUAACGCGCCAUAUCGCGCGUGGGUUGGGCAAAAUGCUGGAUCGGUUCAAUGCGUGGGAGGGCUGGUUCGUGAACCAUGAUCCGGCCUCGAUAGCAGCAGGAGGAGGAGAAGACGCAGAUAACCCUGCUGCUAUUACUAGCACCAACACUACUGUUGCUACUCCUGCACCUUCAUCGGCAUCUACAUCUGCGAUGAAUACAAAUCUUAGGCGACGCUCUGUGCCCGGCGGCACAAACGCAAUGGCGCAGGGGUUUCCGCCGCCGGAUCUGAUUUAUGACAUGGUUGGGACAUAUGGGUUCGGGUUGGAUGAGCAUCUGAUGGAUCCGAGUAUACCUGGAUUUGAAUAUUUUACUCAGUGA